CUUUGGCGGAGGGGUGGAGGGGAGGCGGCCGGAGUUGCGAGAAAGGCAGAAGCCGCGGCCGAAGCAGCAGCAGCGGGGAAGUCGCGGCGUUUAGCCCAGCCCAGCAUCGGACCUUCCAAGCCCCGUCAGCGCGGAGGACCCUCGCCGGCUCCUUGCUCGCUCGCCCGCCCGCCCGCUUCCCUCCCUCCCUGCCUCCUCUGCCCCAUGGGCUGGCCGCGGCGGACGGGCGCUUGGGCGAGCCUCCUGUGGGGCUGCCUCUCCGUUGCCCUUGCCCAGCAAGUGACGGUCCGCCAUGAGGUCACCGGGUACCUGGGGAAGAGAGUGGUUCUGCCCUGCAACAUUGCGGUAACUGGACCUGACAUGAAAGUCAGCCAAGUGACCUGGGUGAAGGAGGUCGGAGGUCGGAGGCAGAAUGUGGCCGUCCACCAUCCAGUGCAUGGACAAAACUACCCGAUGGAGAAGAACAGCAGGCGGAUCAGCUUCUCCACACAGUCCUUGACGGACGCCUCGCUGAUCAUUGAACACCUCCUCAUGACGGACGAGGGCACCUACUCCUGCGAGUUUGCCACCUAUCCCAACGGCAACGAAGUCGGCACUACCAACCUGAUCAUCUUAGCCAAGCCCACCAGUAGUGCUGAGCCCGUGGAGGUCAAAUCCAGCAACCUGGAGCAGCCCGUGGCCGUGUGCACAUCCAGAAACGGGAAGCCGCCGGCUCGCGUCAUCUGGCAGUCGAAGCUGACUGGCAACUCUAGCGUCAAGCAGACGAAUAACUCCGACGGCACCGUCACCGUCACCAGCCACUACAACCUGAUCCCCACCAAGGAAGCCAACGAGCAGCAGAUCACCUGCCUCGUGGAACACGUGGCCCUGCCACAGAUCGAGUCCUACCCAGUCCAACUUUCCAUAUUGUAUGCUCCUGAAGUUUCCAUAGAGGGCUACGACGAUAACUGGUAUUUGACCCGCAAUGAUGUCAUCCUUGUUUGCAACGCGAAGGGGAAUCCCGCCCCGGUAGAUUUCUCCUGGAGCACGUCCAAUGGGUCACUUCCGAAGUCGGUAGAGGUUCAGGGUCAGCGCCUCUUCGUGAAAAAAGUGGAUUACUCUGUGAAUACCACCUUCAUCUGCCAAGCCACCAAUCGCGUCGGGCGGGUUUCGACACACCAAAUCAUCCUCGUCCGAGACCAGCCAGUGAAGAGUCAGAGCCGCAACGUUGGAGCCCUGGCCGGGGGUAUCGUGGGGGGGAUCCUGGCCCUGGCAGUUCUGGGGAUCAUAGUCUUCUUCAUCCUGCACCGCCGGCACCCCCGAGCUUCCAAAGGCUCCUUUGACUCCAAGACACGAGUCUUUGGCAACGGCACUUCUCAGCCCCCGACGCACGACUUCACCGAGCUCGACCGGCCGCUGAAACCUGCUACGGGCCGAAAACUGGAGGAGGACGAUGACGAUGACGAUUACAGAGAGGAGGAGCGCGAGGAGCGGCGGCACCCUCCCUAUGGCUACGCCCCGCGGCACCGGGAAGACGAGGGGGAACGAUUUGACCAGCUGGGCCCAAUCCUGCGGUUCAGCCCUGACCCGCACGGCUACGACUACGACGACAUGGAAUCGCAGCACGACGGGUCCAUCAUCUCCAAAACGGCAGUCUACGUGUGAGUGAGCUCGGUCCGGACAGCCGUUCUGGGGAACAGCAAGAGAACAAAGCUCCCUCCCAAAGACUCUCGAAAACUCCCUGAAGGAUUUUUAAUGUUGUUUUGUUUUUUUUAAACUUACGGACUCUGCCCACAGCAGCCCUCCUUAAGGAAUGAGCGGCAGCUGCCAGGGCAGGUGGGCAUUGGAGGAAAAAACCAAUGGGGUUUGUCCCUGAGGAAAAAGAAAACUGAGGAGAAAACUAUCAAGGCCUUCGAAACUGUCCCUUCUGAAGAAAUCUUUUCGGUCCCGCUGCCUUAGAAGGAUUUUAAAAUCUUUGUUUUUAAUGUUGGAGGAGAUGGCAAACCAGAUGGUAAUACCUGGCACUCCGAGCGGUGCAGGAAAGGAAUGAAACUGAUCCAGCAUCCUCGUGAAACGGGACCUUCCCUGGUGAGGGACGGGAGACUCCGAUGCCCUCUCCGACGGGACUUCCCUGAGAAUUGGUGCUCUCAACUUUGAUUUGCAAGAGACUCGGCUGCUUUCAAAGGCCGGGCUUCCCCCCGGCUGUCCCUUGAUCCAGGAAAACUGGGACUUCAAAUGUCCUGUGUUGUUGUGUUUUAUAGCAUCCUGGGAGGGUUGGGGGAAAUGAAGGAGCCCUGUGGCGAGAUCUCUUUUUUUAAAAAAAAAAAACUCCAGGGUUUAAGGAAUUAUCCGGGAAUUGCUUGAGGUUGUCCGUCUUGUGGAUUCCGUGGUUUGGCUGUGUGCCACGUCCUCCUCCCAUCGCUACAACGGUCUCACAUGGAAGGCUGAAAGGGGUGGCUCUCCCGUAAUGGGAACUGAGCCAUUUCUUGGGUCGCCCAUGUUCACACGCUACCUUUGUGCUCUUCUUUAUGUGUCCUCUCUCUGUUGUCUGUAAAUAGCCAAGCUUUAAAACAAAAACAAAACAACAGCAAAAAGCACAAAGAGAUAUUUUCAUACUAGGUUUGGCUGUGCCUUCCCUUGUCCUUCCCCCCCCCCCCCCCCCCCAUAUCUCAACAUCAAUUCUGCCUUUGCUUGUGUGUAAUUAAAUGCUUUCUCAAAACCUACCUCUUAUCUUUCUCGCUGGCUCCUCUUUCAAACUUGGAUGGGUGCCUGGAAUGGUGUAAAAAUAAAUAUCAGCAUUGCCGGA